AUCUCUCUCUCACUCUCUCCUCCCUUCACUACCAAGGAGCUUUGGAGAGACAAGAAACUCCUCAGCAGAAAGCUUUAUGUAAACACUGGAGGAACCUUGAAAUUGAGUGAACUUCCUUCAGGAGUUGUUCUGUCUGAAUACAAGAUUUCCCACGGUGAGAAGGAAACCGGCCUUGUUCCUGACUACCAGGGUAAAAGUUUGAAGGAGUUUCUGUCUGUCCGAGCAAAGUCACAAGCCGAGCAAUGGAGCUUCAGAAGAUGAAUGGGCACAGCAGGGAUGAUGGGUUUGAUGGGCUGGACUCUAUGGCUGAGCGCGAUGAGUUUCUCCCACAUAAAAGCGGUGGCAAGAAGGAAAUUCAUUUUACAGAUUUUGAGGGGAAAACGUCGUUUGGAAUGUCCAUCUUUAACCUCAGUAACGCCAUAAUGGGCAGUGGAAUUCUGGGACUGGCUUUCGCGAUGUCCAACACCGGAAUCAUACUUUUUCUCAUCCUGUUGGUGUUCAUUGCCAUUCUGUCCUCAUAUUCUAUCCAUCUCCUGCUGAAAAGUGCUGGAGUGGUGGGCAUCCGGGCCUACGAGCAGCUUGGGAAACGAGCCUUCGGCCAUCCAGGCAAAAUGCUGGCUGCCUGUAUCAUCACAGUACACAACAUUGGAGCGAUGUCCAGCUACCUCUUCAUCGUUAAGUCGGAGCUCCCAUUGGUCAUUCAGACUUUCCUUGGUAAACAGGAAAACACCGGAGAGUGGUUCUUGGAGGGAAACUACUUGAUCAUGAUUGUUAGCGCUGCCAUCAUCCUCCCACUAGCACUCAUGAAACAGCUUGGCUACCUGGGCUAUACAAGUGGCUUCUCCCUCUCCUGCAUGGUGUUUUUCCUAAUUUCGGUUAUCUACAAAAAAUUCAACAUUCUCUGUCCACUGGGUGAGGAGUAUCACAAUGUGACUGAACCUGCUGAAGACUUCACUUCCAGUAACGGGACAGAUGAGUUCUGUGAGGCCAAGAUGUUCACCAUCAACUCACAGACAGCGUACACCAUCCCAAUCUUGGCCUUUGCUUUUGUUUGUCACCCUGAGGUGCUCCCUAUCUACACCGAGCUGCGAGAUGCUACCAAGAAACGCAUGCAGACCGUCGCCAACAUCUCCAUCCUGGCCAUGUUUGUCAUGUACCUGCUAACUGCUCUUUUUGGUUACCUCACCUUUUACGCUGCUGUUGAGCCGGAGCUGCUGCACACCUACAGUCGGGUGGACCCCUUGGAUACACUGAUCCUGUGUGUGCGUUUGGCUGUGCUGGUGGCCGUCACUCUGACUGUCCCCGUGGUUCUGUUCCCGAUCCGCAGGGCCGUGCUCCAGAUCCUGUUCCCUGAGAAGCCCUUCCACUGGGCCAGACACAUCUCCAUCGCAAUUUGUCUCAUCUUCAUUGUCAACCUGCUUGUUAUCUUCGUGCCCUCUAUCCGAGACAUCUUUGGCCUCAUUGGAGCCACAUCUGCCCCCAGCCUUAUCUUCAUCCUUCCUGGAAUCUUCUACAUCCGGAUCAUUCCUGAGGAACAAGAGCCUUUGCUCUCCAGACCCAAGAUUCAGGCUGCAUGCUUCGCUGCACUGGGGUUCAUCUUUAUGGUGAUGAGUUUGUCAUUUAUCAUCAUUGACUGGGUGACCGGCGAGGCUCGUAGCGGCGGCGGGCACUAACCGCAGCAAAUGAAUAAAGGUACUAUGAACAGAAGGCCAACCAAAGCUCUCCCAGUCAUUAAAUUACCCCCGAUCUGCCAAGUAUUCAACCAAAGCUAAACAAGAAUGUUUGGCUGCACAAGAGGAGGGAUGUGUGAUGAACCUUCGCCUACAAGAAGAGAAAGGGUUUGGACAUUUGGUGGGGCAGAUAAUAGGUCCUUUAUGGAGGAGAGAACUGUGAUGCACAAGAGCACAACACAAUGUGUUCUGACUGAGAAAACCUAUCCUGCGGCUCGCAUUAAGGAUGUUGUUUGGAGGCAUUUGGGAAGUUGUUGGAGAGGCAGCAAGUGAAUGAAAAAAAACAUAGAGGCAACAUAAAGGAUGAGAAGGAACAGUGUGACUCAAAUGGAAAUCCCAUUUUUGAGUAAAGAUAGUGAAGGGUGUAUGUACGGUUCCAUGGAAUAGCUCAGUCACUGCCAAAUUCCUUCCUAUCUACUUCCCUACAAUUUCAGGGUUUUUUUUUAUGGGAAAGAAAUUUGAUAUUGUGUCAUAUUGCAGUUUUUUUUUUUACACAUCCUGGGAAUUUGCUUUUUAUCAUAUGAAAUAAGAAUUUCACUGUUUAUUUCAUCAAUGACUGCUUUACUGCAUAUUGAUACAGUCCAGUCCAGUCUAUUGUGCAGUGUCCAAAUAAAUGAUAACUGUGAUGACUCUGACCUCACUGAUUCAGCUACAUAUAAUCAGAGAGGGUUAGUGCAUGGAAGGUCUGUGAAGUCUACACUACCAAACUAACAACUCCAGUCUGUCAAAAGAAGUGUACUGACUUUUACACGAGGAAGAAUUCAUUGUAUUCAGUGUGUUAGGUUAUUCCGUUUUUCUCUAACACUUAACAUGAAUGUUGUGAAGCCGAUCCACUUCAAACUUGAGCCUGAGGUGACCCACGUUCAAUACUUUGACCUGACAGAUUCUGGUACAGUUUGUGGUGUGUUGCUGCUACCUGUGAAGGUUACCGAAACAGACUGAGUCAAGUAUCACAUGUGAGUUCUCUGCAGUAGAAGGCUGGUUUUUACCUAUGUGUGCGUGUGUCUGUGAAAACAAUUACAGGUUUAAAACCAAAGAAUAUCAUUGUUGUGUAACAUCAAGCACACUUACUACAGUUUUAUUACACUGUACGGUGACGACCAUCAAUAAAAAAAAUAUUUUUACAAGUUUUACAACCCAGUGUUAAAAAUUACAUUUCCUUUUAGGCAGACCCAACAACUGUUCAAAUAACUGACCUAUGAAACUCCUGUUAAAUGAGAAUGAAGUUUGGUUUUGUUUUUGGUCUUGUAAAUUGACUCAAAAGAUAUUUUGACUUUGUUAUUUGUCCUGUAUAUUUUUAAAUUUAUUUGAAUAUUGCUAUAUGUCAAUAAAGUUCAUUUGUACAUA